AAAGCGGUUCGACAUUCGCACGUGGGCAUUCGAUCGUGUCGGAUGUUCGCGUUAAGUUCAGAUAUAAGAAAGAACGGCAACGUAUUAGUACAUAUAUACUUAUAAAUACACGACACAGUCACUAACACCGUCACAACUAUUAUUGGCACUCGUGUUGUCGUCGUCGUCUUUAUCAUCAUCAUCAUCAUCAUCAUCAUCAUCAUCAUCAUCAUCGUGAAUUUAGUGAGAAAGAAAACUCAUCCUUAGUUUCUUCCUUAUAGCUCUCAUCGACAAGUGAUCUUUUUAAAUCUCCCGCGUUUUUUUUUUUCUUCGAAAUAAUCGACGUUAUCGUCGCGUUGUUAUCGUCGUCGUCGUCGUCGUCGUCGUCGUCGUCGUCGUCGUCGUCGUCGUCGUCGUCGUAGUUGUCGUCGUCGUCGUCGUCGUCGUCGUCGCCGUCGUCGUCGAAAAAACGCCAACCGAGCGUCGCCUUUCUCCUUCCUUUUUUUUUUUUUUUUUUCACCAAGAUAGUGUGCCAUCGUUCUUCUCUCCCCACUACUACUACACUACUACUACUACCGUCAUAUACCUACCACCCCUUUGUCGAUCACAAGCAAGUUUAACGCGUUAAGAAAUAGUUCGUGUCCGAUCAACGAACGACGCACGUCGCGUCGCACGAGCUUUGGGUGUUUAUACGCGCUCUCGGUGUACAACUUAUUCGUUGGAUUAUUAAUUAACACUGGGAUUAUUUUACGUGUACUCACAAGUGUAGAAGAAACAUCGACGAAGAAAAAAGAGAAAGGGCAACCUUGCGUUAGUUUGACCUAGAUGCUGUUAAACCAACGGCACGCCUGAUUUCUUUUCAUCCCUAAAGUACCAAAUAAAUUGUCAAGAUUGAUCAAGUGGUUUUGUCGUCCGGCGGUGACAUCGCCAAAAUUUGGAGGAUGUUGAUGCCCGGUGCCGCCGGUCUCAGUGCCGUGGGCGCUGUGGGAGCACCAGGCCCGGACGAGCUUGUUUCCGGGCUGGGUGCUCUUGCGGGUGCCACACCUCAGCAAAAAGAUACCACCUGGACUAAGUUAUUCGUUGGCGGUCUACCUUAUCAUACGACCGAUAAAAGUCUCAGGGAACAUUUCAGUGUUUAUGGGGAUAUUGAGGAAGCCGUUGUCAUCACCGACAGACAAACUGGAAAAAGCAGGGGCUACGGUUUCGUUAUCAUGGGAGACAGAGCGGCUGCAGAGAGAGCCUGCAAGGAUCCUAAUCCCAUCAUCGAUGGUCGCAAGGCCAACGUUAACUUGGCAAUACUCGGAGCCAAGCCAAGGGGUAACUUGCAAACGACAUUCCCAUUUGCUGCUGGCAUUCGAGCUGGAUAUCCUGCGGUUCUUCCAGGUCAAUAUGGAGUACCACCGAGCUACGUUUACCAGUCUCCUUAUCUGGCCGCAGCGGCGCCAGGCGGCUUGGUACCACUUCCGGCGACACAGUUGAGCCACGCAGCCGCAGUUGCAGCUACGCAAUUUUACGAUUAUCAGAAUGUAGCGGCAGCGGCUGCCACCUAUCCGGGUACUUCCUACAAUUUUGCAGAGGCCUAUCCAUACACCAGCGCUGCUGCUGCUGGUACGUUGGAAAAUCUUGAGGAGAGGAAAGAUUUCGUCGCAAUCUAUCAUUAUUAUAAUCAGCAAAAUCGGCAAGAUCAGCAAGAUCAGCAAGAUCGACAAGAUCGGCAAGAUCAGCAAGAUCGGCAAGAUCGGCAAGAUCAUCAAGAUCAUCAAGAUCAUUUAUGUCACCAAAAUCACUACGAUUAUGAUAGCUAUGAUUACUGCAAUCACUAUUGUCACCACUGUUAUAAGCAUCAUGAUUUCUAUGAUAAAGUAUUUCAUGAUCAUUAUGAUAAGAAUCAAGAUCAAAAUGAUUACUUCGAUGACAAGGACGAUCUAAAUGACCCAGACUACAUAGCUUACCUAAAAUAUUUAGAUUUUCUAGCACACGUAAAACAUGAAAUUUACCUAAAUCACUUGGAUUAUCUAGCAUGCCAAGAUUAUCAGAAUUACCAACAUUACGUAUCCUAUUUAAAACGCCUAGCUUAUUUAUAUCGACAAAAUUGCAAGUAUUACCAACAUCAUUAUUCACAGAUAAACAUCAAUUUUGACGAUUUUAGUAAUAUUUCUGACAACACUUUUGGCUGCGUUCCUAUCAAUGAUAUGACACUUCAACCAAGGACUGAUCGAUCAUAUAUUUUAUCAAAUUUGCAGUCUUCUCUCCAGAUUAACACCAGUUGCGAAAAAUUAAACGCAGCGGCAGGUUACGUGACGCCAUAUACAUAUGCAACAUUGCCAGGUGCAGCAGGUUUGCCUGCUGCUGCUGCUGCUGCAACGGCGGGUGCCGCUUUCCCAGGAUUACCAUACCAAACAACGCCUCAGGAAGCAAGAUUACAAUAGGAAAGGAACACGAAGUCUUGCCAAAAAUGAGAAUCGUUUUUCUUUUUUUUUUUUUUUUUCUUUUUUUAUCGAGGAUCGUCUCGGCGCGACGAUUUCGACGAUUAACGAUUGUCGUUUGUUUCUUUUUUUUUUUUUUUAGUAUAGAAUUAAUAAGGGAAGGGGGUGGAAAGUGAGAGUUAUCGAAGGAUCAUUUUAUUAUGGAUAUAAAAUAAAUGAGAAAACGAAAGAGAAAAGAAUUCCUUCGAAUGAUUUUUCACUAAAUAUUUUAAACGUUGUUUGUCUUCGAAAUCAUCGAAUGACGAUCUUAUCACUCGUGUUCGCUAUAUAUAUAUAUAUAUAUAUACAUAUAUAUGUAUAUAUAUAUAUAUAUAUGCAUACAUAUACGCAUAUAUAUAUAUAUGUUCACCCUCUUCUAAGUCAAUUUCUUUUCAAUUUUUUUUUUUUUUUAAAGCGAACUUUCGUGUUGAUCGUAAUUGAUAUUGUACCGAAAAACGUACGUGCGUACGUUUGUAUUAGAUUCUUGGAAGGUUCUCGCUUAAUGAGCAGAGAACAAGUACGACGAGCGAUUGUUUAAUCGCAUAGUUUAGACACAUAUUUUUAUUUAUUCGUGCAUGUAAGUAGUGAGAGUGGGAGAGAGCGAGAGCGAGAGAGAGAGAGAGAGAGAGAGAGAGAGCGAGCGAGAGAGAGAAUAGUGUUUUUAAUCAUAAUGUCGACGUCCCUUGAUACUUCGCGAUUUUUUUUGGAUCUAUUAGGAAAUUCAAAAAAAAAAAAAUUAAAUAAAAAGAAAAAAGUAGAGAAAACAACAAUCUUUCAAGGGAUUUUCUACGUCGACACGACAUUUUAUUCAUAAAGUUGUUCUAUCUUUGUUAAAACAAAAAUGGCGAGUCGUCUGUUGUAACUCGAUCGUACGAACGUUCCUGUCACGAAAGUUAUAGAUGAUUUUAGAUAAUAAUAAAAUGAUAUAUGGGGAACGCCCUUCAUAGAAUGUCUUCGUAAAUGACAAAGAAUAAUUAAAGUGUCUUAUUCGUGUGGCCUUAUCUUAGUACAGAAUACGAAAAACAUUUAUUUUCAUUUAAUAAUAGAAGAAAGGAACGACGCUGUUGAAAUCAUCAUAUGCGAUAGAGAAAAAGAUAGAGAGAAGAAACAAAGAGAAAUAAAUCAGACCAAAUUUUCGUCGUAUCUAAAGACAUAAUGAUUGAUUGAAGAAGGAAUAAAAAAAAAAAAUAAAAUAAAAUAAAAUAAAAAAAGAAAAAAAAA